AUGUCAAGCAAUUACAAUAAAGCCGGAAAAUUAAACCAGAAUUCACGAUUUCGAAGGGAAUUAUCCCUUCAAGUAGAGCCAGAAAUAUAUGGGAAUUACGCAUUAACCCCAUCUCCAAGAGGACCACAUUUACCUAGCGGAGGACUGACAGUUUUCAGAAAAGGUGAAAAUCUUAUUUUAACCCCAGAUUCUCCUUUGAGAUAUCAAAGGAACUUCAACGUGGAUGAUGUAACUGGGAGUUUAAGCAUAAAACAAAAGGAAAAACCUUUUAAAGUCUUAAAUUAUAAAGAUGAAAGCCAUCACACCAGAAGUUCAACCACAAUUAUAAACGAGGACAAACAAGCCUACCAUUUCAUCUCACUCCCCCCCCUUUAAAUUGGAACUAAAAAUUUUGUUUCCAAUUUAAAGGGAGGUUAAUUUUUGUUUUUAAAAAAAAAAUAUCAAUAUAAAAUUUUUAUAAAAAAUAUAAAAAUUUUAAAAAAAAAAAAAUUUCAAAAACUUAUCGAAUUAGAUCAAUAAAUUUGUUUAAUAAAACGCGAUUUACUCUUUAUCCUUUAAAACAAAGCAGGAUAUAACUAAAUUUUCAUUAUUAGUUAAUACGCCACUAUUAAUUGGUAUCAAAAUUAUUUACACAAAAAUUAUUAUUUUUAUUGAUAAAAAAAAUUAAAAAAAAAAAAAAAUUUUGGAAAAUUUAUCGAUCAAAGUGCUAAUUUUUUGUUUAAAUAAGAUGUUAUUUAUACUCUAGUCUUUAAAAUAAAGCAAGAAAUAAGUAAAUUUUGAAAUUUUAUAAAGAAUUCCUAUUGAAUUUAUAUCAAAACUAUCCAAAUAAAAAAUAUCAUUUUUAUCAAAAAAAAACAAAAAUUUUUUUGAAAAUUUUUAAAAAACAAAAAAUUAUUUUUUUUUUAAAAUUUAGCAAUUAAGGAUAAUAAAUUUAUUUAAAUAAGAUGCUCUUUAUACUUUUUUCUUUGAAAAAAGAGCAAGAUAUAAAUAAAAUUUUUAAUUUUAGUUAAGAAGAAACAUUUAACUUAUAUCAAAACUUUUUAGAUAAAAAUAUAUAUAUAAUUUUUUUUAUUAUAAAAUUAAAUUUUGUUCCAAUUUAAAGGGGGUUAAUUUACAAAAAAAAUGGAAAUUUUACCGAUAUUUUGUUCCAAUUUAAAGGGGGGGGGAGUCAGCGCUAAGUGCAAUUCCUGAAACAAAGAUAAAUCCUCUGCCGUCUGCAGAAGCUGACCCAAAAACCACAGCUUGUGAUUUGGAUUUUUUAGAUAUUUCUGAUGAUAUAAUUUCUAAUCUCACUUUUCCCGACCUAGAAGAGCCAAAAGAAAAAGAAAUUUCAAGGCCGAAGCCAUCACACACAUCAAAAAGCUCCAUGUUUGCGUCUACCUCUGCCCCAAAAAGCUUGCAAACUUCAAUGCUUCACGAAAUCCCAACCCUCAAUAAGGAUUUCAAAAGAACUCGUUCAAAUAAUUUAUUAUCCAGUGAAAGAUCCACAAAAUCUUUCCAGUCAGACAAAUUUUUCCCAGAAACUUUUAAAAGCAACUCCACAUUUCGCCUCACAACUAACACAAUUGAAAGCGAAGAAAGCAUUGACUCGAAACCUCCAGAGUUCCAAUUCGAAAGGAGCAUUGCAAACACUGGGUCAUUCCCUGAUAUUCCAUUGGGAAUUCUCCCUACAACGGCUUAUUGCCAUCACUGUCAAUCAGAGGUUACCACAACAGUAAAAAUCUGCAUGCCAACACUUCCAUUGUAAGUUUUAUUUAGAUGAAAAAGAAUUUGCUGUGCAUCGUUUUUAGGCGAAGAAGAGCUUGAAAAAUAUCAAGAAUUCGAGCAUUAUUGCAAGAAUUGCAAAAAACUUAUAACCAAGUAUCAGCCGAAGAAACUAUGAUAA